CUUACCUUCUCUCCGUUCCUUCGCCGUUACCACGCAGACCGAGACGUAGCUCUCUAGCCACCUACCGAUCUCCCCAAUCCCUUCGACCCGUCAUCAUGGCGGCGAAGGCCCAACAGCCGUAUUCAACGGGCGCCGACGCCCAGGCGGACGAGUUACGAAGACGAAAUGUAGCUGGUCAACAACAGGCGGCGCAGACUGAGCAGGCGCCUCUUGAAGAGAAGUCCAAAGAAAAGGCUUUCUCAAUCAUCUCCGCAUUCAAAGAAUACGAGCCCAUAUUUGCCCCCAUAAUAUUCACCGCACUUUCCCUUUUCACACGGUUAUGGAAGAUUGGCGCUUCCAAUAUUGUGACAUGGGACGAGGCACAUUUCGGGAAAUUCGGCUCACACUACCUCAAACGAGAAUUCUACUUCGAUGUACACCCUCCCCUUGGAAAGAUGUUGGUUGGGCUGUCUGGAUAUAUGGCUGGGUACAACGGUUCUUUCGAGUUCAAAUCUGGCGAGCAAUACCCCCCGGAGCUCAACUACACGUUCAUGCGCCAAUUCAACGCCGUAUUCGGAGCCCUCUGUGUGCCUCUAGCAUACUUCACAGCGAAAGAGCUGAACCUCAGGAGACACACGGUCUGGCUGAUUACCAUGAUGGUUCUGUUCGAGAACUCCUACACCACGAUUAGCAGAUUCAUCCUGCUUGACUCCAUGCUGCUCUUCUUCACGUUCACGACCGUCUUCGCGUGGUCCAAAUUCCACGGCCUACAAAACGACCCCUUUUCCCCAGCUUGGGGUCUAUGGUUGAUGUUGACCGGUGUCUCCAUUGGCUGUGUUACCAGCGUGAAGUGGGUUGGAUUCUUCGUAACGGCAUUGGUAGGGCUUUACACCAUUGAAGAUCUCUGGAACAAGUUUGGCGACCUCAAGAUGAAAAAGGUGGAAUUGGCCAGUCACUUGGGUUUCCGCGUAUUCGGUCUUAUCAUCAUUCCGCUCAUGGUCUACAUGUUCUCCUUCUUCAUGCACUUCCUCAUUCUCGAGAACAGCGGUCCCGGGGAUGCACAGAUGAGUUCCCUUUUCCAGGCCAAUUUGAGGGGUACCGAGGUUGGGAAAGAUAGCCCAUUGGAGAUUGCGUAUGGUUCUCGUGCCACUCUCAAGAACAUGGGCUACGGAGGUGGUCUUCUUCACUCCCAUCACCAAACCUACCCUGAGGGUUCCACUCAGCAACAGAUUACCUGUUACCACCACAAAGACGCCAACAACGACUGGUUCUUCUAUCCGAAUCGUGGCGAUGUUGAGUAUCAAGCUGAUGAGGAGAUCCGUUAUCCCGCUAACGGAGACACCAUUCGUCUCAUUCACGCUCAGACUGGCCGCAACCUCCACUCGCAUCAAGUCGCCGCUCCCGUUACCAAGGCUGAUUGGGAAGUUUCUUGCUACGGCAACACGACUGUCGGGGACACAAAGGACCACUGGGUCGUGGAAGUUGUGCGGGAUGCGGCCUCGAGAGAUCAUUCGAAACUCCGCACUUUAACCACGGCGUUCCGCUUAAAGCAUGCAGAUCUUGGAUGCUACCUCCGCGCUGGCAAUGUGAACCUGCCCCAGUGGGGUUUCAAGCAGAUUGAAGUCACCUGCACCAAGGACAACAAACCGCGGGAUGUCUUCACCCACUGGAACGUUGAGAGCCAUUUCAAUGACAAGCUCGAGCCCGGUGACCCAGGCUCCUACAAGUCUCCCUUCUUCCAAGACUUCAUCCAUCUCAACGUCGCCAUGAUGACCUCGAACAACGCCCUCGUCCCCGACCCAGACAAGCAAGACGACCUCGCCUCUCAAUUCUGGCAAUGGCCCCUCCUGCACGUUGGCCUCCGCAUGUGCGGCUGGGACGAUAGCAUCACCAAAUACUUCCUCCUCGGCAACCCCGCCGUCUACUGGACCUCGACCGUCUCCCUCGGCAUCUUCGCCCUCAUCGUCGUCUGGUACCUGAUCCGCUGGCAGCGCGGCUACACCGAGCUCAAGCCCGCGGAUAUCGACCACAUCCACUACUCCGGCCUCUACCCCGUCAUCGGUUGGUUCUUGCACUACAUCCCAUUCGUCGCCAUGGCACGUGUCACCUACGUCCACCACUACUACCCGGCCUUGUAUUUCGCCAUCCUAACGGCUGGCUUCGUGAUCGAUUGGUUCACGAGGGGGCUGGGGCCGAAGGUCAAGGCCGGGCUCUUCCUGGCCAUGUAUAGUGUGGUGAUAGGCUUGUUUGUGCUGUUUAGCCCGAUAUGCUUUGGCAUGACGGGGAGUAGCCAGCAGUAUAAGUACCUUAAGUGGUUGCCUAGUUGGAGGGUGACGGAUUAGACGUU